AUGAGAGGAGAGCGAGAGGACUUGAAGGUGUGCGCGCCCGCCCGCGUCCUUUCUUGCUUUCCCUUCCGUCGCUGCCGGACGGAGCUCGCGCCGCGGGCGGGCGGGCAGGUUAAAACGUCAGGAGAAGAGCGGCGGGAAUGCCCGAAGAAAGGAGAGAUCUGAGCCGAGUUAACUUUUCCAGGACUGCUGCCAACUGGAGAGAGCGCUGGUCAGGGGUACAAGAUCAGCCUACACAAGCUUAAUCUUGAGCCAAAGUGAACGCUCCCAUGGGAACAGACUCCAAUUGCCAGAGGUCCCUCACCAUGGUCAACGAGUCUUGUAGUGCCAGCAAUGGGAUCAUUGGCUCCAGCAACGGGAUGACCAGCUUACGGUCUGACGGGAACAGCAGCGGCAGCGAGAGCUCCAAGGACAGCUCGCGGUGCUCCACCCCCGUCCUUGACGCCGAGCGGCACGAUCGCCUGUGCGAAAAGAUGCGCCGGAGGCAGGAGUCCGGGGACAAGUGGUUCUCCCUGGAGUUCUUCCCCCCACGGACAGCCAACGGGGCUGUCAACCUCAUCUCCAGGUUCGACCGCAUGGGGGCAGGGGGCCCACUCUUCAUCGACGUCACCUGGCACCCGGCUGGGGACCCCGGCUCUGAUAAAGAAACCUCUUCCAUGGUGAUCGCCAGCACAGCGCUCAACUAUUGUGGCCUGGAGACCAUUCUGCACAUGACGUGUUGCAACCAGACGAAGGAGACGAUCAGCGCGCACCUGCACAAGGCCAAGCGCUUGGGCCUCAAAAACAUCAUGGCAUUGCGCGGGGAUCCAAUAGGCGAGGAGUGGCAAGAAGAAGUGGAUGGCUUCAACUAUGCCACAGACUUGGUGAAGCACAUCCGUUCUGAGUUCGAAGAUUUUUUUGAUAUCUGUGUGGCAGGCUACCCCAAAGGCCACCCGGAGGCAGAGAGCUACAUGGACGACCUGAAGCACCUGAAGGAGAAAGUCUCAGCAGGAGCCGACUUCAUCAUUACGCAGCUCUUCUUCAGGUCAGAGACAUUCCUCACGUUUCUGGAGGAUUGCCAGGCCAUCGGCAUCACUUGCCCCAUCUUGCCUGGGAUAUUUCCCAUACAGGGUUAUCAUUCUCUGCGCCAGCUUGUGAAACUGUCUAAGCUGGAGGUGCCUCAGGAGAUCAAGGACGUCAUCGAGCCCAUCAAGGACAACGAUGCAGCCAUACGAAAUUAUGGCAUUGAUCUGGCAGUGACCAUGUGCCGGGAGCUACUGGACAGCGGCUUGGUGCACGGCCUCCAUUUUUACACUCUCAACCGGGAAGUGGCCACCAUGGAGGUGCUUAGGCGCCUGGGCCUCCGGAAGGAGGACCCCAGGCGGCCCUUGCCAUGGGCCAUCAGUGCUAACCCCAAGCGGCGAGUUGAAGACGUCCGGCCCAUUUUCUGGGCUUCCAGGCCCAAAAGUUACAUCUACCGAACUCAGGAAUGGGAUGAGUUUCCCAACGGCCGCUGGGGUAAUUCAUCCUCUCCAGCCUUUGGGGAGCUCAAGGACUAUUACCUCUUCUACUUGAAGAGCAAGUCACCUCGGGAGGAGCUCCUGAAGAUGUGGGGUGAGGAGCUGACCAGCGAGGAGAGCGUCUUUGAGGUGUUCAGGUGCUACAUCGCCGGAGAGGCCAACAAGGACGGCCAGAAGGUGACCUGCCUGCCCUGGAAUGACGACCCCCUAGCUCCCGAGACCAACCUGCUGAAGGAGGAGCUGGCCAAGGUGAACAAAAGAGGGAUCCUGACCAUCAAUUCCCAGCCGAACAUCAACGGCAAGCCGUCCACCGACCCCAUCGUGGGCUGGGGGCCUAGCGGGGGCUACGUCUUUCAGAAGGCUUACCUGGAGUUCUUCACCUCCAGCGAGAACGUCACAGCUCUCCAGACGGUCCUGAAGAAAUAUGGGCAGCGAGUGAAUUACCACAUCGUCAAUGUCAAGGGUGAAAACAUCACCAAUGCCCACGACCUGCAGCCGAAUGCCGUGACAUGGGGCAUCUUCCCCGGCAGGGAGAUCGUUCAGCCGACAGUAGUGGAUCCGGUUAGCUUCAUGUACUGGAAGGAUGAGGCCUUUGCUCUGUGGAUCGAGCAGUGGGCCAAGCUGUACGAAGAGGAGUCUCCCUCCCGCAUGAUCAUCCAGUACAUUCACGACAACUACUAUUUGGUGAACCUGGUGGACAAUGAGUUCCCCCUCGACAACUGCCUCUGGCAGGUAGUGGAGGACACUUUUGAAUUGUUGAACUGUCCAGCCCGCCAAUGAACAAGGUCCCCCAGGUGAUCCGGCCGGAAGCACGCUCAGACUCGGGUUGCAAGAUGGAGCUGCAGCGUCCCCCAACACUCCUCCAGAGAGUGCCUCUGGCUAUGCUUCCCCCUUCCUCUUCCUCUAGUUGGUGACCACUUACCGUGCACAAGGGUGUUCGUCCUCCCAUCUGAUCCAGUUUUAAAACUUACCUUCUGGUUUUAAAUCUUACCCUUUUUUUUUUAACCUCAGUCACAAGACUAAGGGCAGCUUGAAACCUUACUGGCCUCCCCCUGACCUCGCCCUUCUCAACGCCAACACGCACGUUCUUGGGUUGCACUCUAAAAAAAAAGUUCUGAGCCAUUUCCACAGUGCGAUGCCUUUUAAUUGGCUAUUAAGCUGAUUGACGGUUCUAUAGUCUCCAGUCCAGAACAACAUAUGCUGGGACUUCUGACCCAGCAGACCUCCACAAACCUUGGGGAUUUGGUUAGCUAUUUAUUUUGGUUUAUUUUCUAAGAUGCAGAAUGAAGGACUCUUUCUAGGUCCCUUUUUUAACCUACUGGGUGAACUUGUCAGAUAUUUAAAUGUGUAAAAAAAAAUAAAUGUACAUAAUUGA